AUGGAGCCGACGGAGAAAGGCUCUUCUUUUCUGGUGCAGGCGGAAAAGUGGUGCCUGCUCGAUCUGACGUCCACCGCCAUACGAAUCCGUAGCGGGCUGCUGAAGCGUCCUCCGCCGCCACUCAUCUCAGCUCCACACCUGCUAGCGUUAAGGCACAAAACAGAAGACUUAUUCUUUUCGCUCAACACCACCAGUGAGGAUGAAGGUGUCGGAACGGAAGCGGUCACUGCCACGAUUGCCGCAGCGGCAUCGAUCGCGGCCGCAGCCAAAGCGCCACCAUCCGCCUUCAGCCCAACGCACGUCCAGCUUCUGUCGAGCCUGUGCGGUGCCAGCGACCGCGCCUCAUCCCUCGGCACAAAAUCAACGAAGCACCGCAACGGUUCCUCCGCGCCCUUCGACCCAUCCGGCACGGGGCUGGUCCCGGCCGACAACAACAACAGCAUUAGCGUGAACAACAACAACUAUCUACCUAGUGACGGGGACACGAAGCCGAGCCCGUUCCGGGGGGCCGAAGCAUUUCCUAUCUACAGCAACUACGGCGGCGCUCAGCAGCAAAGCCCUACGCACCCGUCGACGGCGGACCCGAAGGUGGCCACGUUGCACCAGCAUCUGCAGCGCCACCACCACCUGUUUCCGGCGCAGUUUGCCGCCGCCGCCGCGCUUCAGCAGCUAUCGGCCGCGUCGGCCGUGGGCCGGCCACCGGUGUCGAAGCUGUUGCCAGGCCUUCCGGCUCCACUGGCUGCGUCCAUCGCGUCGCUCGCAUCGAGUUUGCCGCUGAGUGAAAGCGCCACGGCCGCCUUCCAGCGGCUGCUGGAGCAACAGCAACCGGCAGUGGCCAACGCAGCACCCUCCGCACCACCCAGCCCCCGGGGGUUGUUCCCGCGGCCUCGCACCAGUGCCGGGCCGAGCCCGGAGCGGUACACCGGCAAGCUGACGGAUCUCCGGCAUCGUUCGGCGGCGAACGGCGAAACGACUGCGGGGAAGCGGCGUGACGGAGGAAGCGGCCACCCUCGCCUCCACUACCCAUCGGCGUGCGGGAGUAGCGGGAGCAGCAGCGGGUUCGGCAGCCUCGCCGUGGACGGACACCUAUCGGCCAGCGCGCUGAAGAGUCUCACGAAGAACCGCAAAAUUCAUCGCUGCGAUGCGUCCGGCUGCGACAAAAUGUACACCAAGAGCUCUCACCUGAAGGCCCACAAGCGAACGCACACCGGUGAAAAGCCGUACAUCUGCACGUGGGAGGGCUGUGUUUGGCGCUUCGCUCGUUCCGACGAGCUGACCAGACACUACCGGAAGCACACCGGGCUGAAGCCGUUCCGGUGCAAGCUGUGUACGCGGUGCUUCAGCCGGUCGGACCAUCUAUCGCUGCACAUGAAACGCCAUUGA